AAAUGCCGGGCACCGAUAGAUUUUCCACUCUAGCUGAAAUAAAUAAAGAACGGGCUGUUUAAGAAUAAAGAAAAGAAGAAUAUUAGAAACAUGUCUUUGGUCGACGAGUUCAAAUCCGGGAACUUUUCUCUUUAUGGACAAUGGCUCGGGCUUCUUUCCAUUGUUGCAUUGAUUAUUUUUGGUAUUGUCAAUUUUUCGCUUGGAUGGUCUCUCAUCGGAUGGAUCAUCGCCUUCCUCUUGGUCUUCAUUGAAAUCCCUCUAUGCAUGAAGUGUUGUCCAACUAGUGAGAAAUUGUAUGUUUUAUUGUUUUAUUGAUUCAGAGAAAUUGACAGCUUCAUGACCCAGUUUCACAAC